AGAACCUCUCAGGCCGCCGUAGUUCCUGACCGAGGUGAGAAUGGCCGUCUGGAUGUGGCUCCGGUGCCUUUUCGGGCCCAAUCUGCAGCGGAUCCACCGCUCACCGGACCAGACCAGAGCGGCACGGAGGGGUUGGAAUUAUCAGCCCAGAGGUUUGGAGAGGCACACAGACAGCAUCCUCGGUUGGGCCUCUGUGCUGUGGUCUCUGUCGUACUACAGUUCCCCACUGCUCCUCGGCUAUCUCUACAGAAAAGGGUACAUCUGCACCAGUAAGCUUGUUCCUCUCAGUCAGUAUCUUGGUACAGUGCUGAUUUGUCUGCUGGGAGUGGCUUGUUUGAGAGGGUGGGGGCGCUGGAGAAACCCAGAGUACCUUCAGUUCAUCACCAUACUGGAGGAGACCAGGAAGAACCUCACGCCUAGCAACAAGAAGAAACUGGCAUGCUUUGACUUUGACUUCAAACACUGGCCUGCAGAUUUCAGCUGGAAAGAAAUUAGUAGUCCUAAGUUGUCUAAAGGUGGUGUGUCCCUGCUAAGGCCAGAGCCGAAACUCAGAGGAGCAGCAGACAAUGUACUGAGUUCAGUUCGCACACUCCCAUGUCACAUCUUAAGUUAUCUGAUAGCGCACUCGUUCGGCCGGAGAAUACUCUACCCGGGCUCGGUCGGUCUGCUGCAGAAGGCCAUGAGGCCCAUGUUACAGCAAGGCCAAGCCAGACUUGUAGAAGAGUAUGAAGGUCGGCGGAACAAACUGGUGGCUUGUGAUGGGAAUGAGAUCGACACCAUGUUUGUGGACCGGAGGAGAGUGGGAGGAACAGCUGGCAAAACUCUGGUGAUCUGCUGUGAGGGAAACGCAGGAUUCUAUGAGGUCGGCUGCAUGAACACACCACUGGAAGGUGGAUACUCUGUGUUAGGCUGGAAUCACCCAGGGUUUGGCGGCAGUACAGGAGUUCCAUUUCCUCAAAACGAGGCCAAUGCAAUGGACGUUGUCAUUCAGUUCGCUGUGCACAAACUGGGUUUCCAGUUUAGUGACAUUAUUGUGUAUGCCUGGUCAAUAGGGGGCUUUACAGCCAGUUGGGCCGUGAUGUCAUACCCAGAGAUCCGAGCUCUGGUUCUUGAUGCCUCAUUUGAUGACCUUUUACCCCUUGCUCUGAAGGUCAUGCCAGAAAGCUGGAGACCCUUGGUGACCCACACAGUGAGGCAAUACAUGAACCUGAACAAUGCAGAACAGCUUUGCAAAUACCAGGGACCAGUGUUAUUGAUCAGAAGAACCAAAGACGAAAUCAUCACAACCACGGGUCCAGAAGACAUCAUGUCCAACAGAGGGAAUGACCUGUUACUCAAACUACUCCAGUACAGGUAUCCUCAGGUAAUGACAGAUGAUGCUAUCAGGACAGUCAGGCAGUGGCUUUCAGCAGGGACACAAAUAGAAGAAGAAUCUGUGUACACUGGCUAUGAGGUGGAUGAUGAUUGGUGCUUGUCUGUGCUGCAGUCCUAUCAGACAGACAGAGAGACACCGUUCCCCUGGAGUGUUGGUGAGGACAUGACACCCGAGGGUAGAAGGCAGAUUGCUCUAUUCUUGGCACGAAAGUACAUGCGAAACUUUGAGACGACACACUGCACUCCACUCCCCAUUUCUGAGUUCCGGUCUCCUUGGAGACUGUAGAGAGCAACAGUGAGAAAGACAGGAAGAGAGCACUGGUGGUCAAAAAUGUUCCAGCGUCUGGUUCCCUAAGUCAGAGUUCUGCGGGAAGGUGUUCAGUUAGCCAAAUGUCAAAAUGUGACAGGAUUACUUGUUUGUAUGCAUUGUUUGAUAGAGAUUUUUUUUUAAUUAUUGGCCACCAUUGCAUUUGGCUGCCUAUUUAACAGUUAAUGAAAAAGAAGGUUGGAAAUUUGUUGAUGCUCAGGGUUGUUGUUUCCUUUGAGAGAAUCUCCAGUGAUGGGACUCAAAGUUUUCUUGUGUCUUUCUCUGUCCGUUUUUACCCUCUAUUAUGUGAGCACUGUAAUUAUUAAUGAAAAUUGUAUCGUAAAAUGUCCUGAAUGUUAUAUUACAUAUGAAUAUUAAAUAAAACUGGGGGAUGCUUUUUGUGGCUGGGGUUCCUCAAAGUCUUCAAA